AUGCAGGAAAUCAAGUCUCUAAGCGCUAUUGAUUUAAGAGGAUCUGUAGAAAUUAUAGCAGAUUAUUUUAAUGUGGCAAUUAAUAACAUUCUGUAUAACCGUGCGAUUUACCCCGAGUCUUCAUUUAAGCGUGUGAAGAAAUUCGGACGCUCAGUCUUAAUUACCACUGACGAAGAAUUGAUAAAAUAUUUGGACAAAUUAAUAGAUCAACUGAAAGUGUGGUUAAUGGCUGAUUCGUUGAAGAGGCUUGUAAUUGUUAUAAAGUCGGUCAAAAGUGGGGCGAUUUUGGAGCGUUGGCAAUUUAAUAUAAAAAGAGAAGAGGAGGAAGUUGCUGUGGAAGAUGUUGAUGAAGGGCUUGGUGCUAUUGUACGUCAAAUUGUGGCAUCCACAUCAUUUUUACCCAAUAUCAAAGAAACCUGCACAUUUGAUCUUUUGGUAUACACUAACAGAAAUUGUGAGAUUCCUGAAGGAUGGGAUGAAUCCGGACCCUGCUUUGUGCCAAAUUCUGCUCAAGUUCAACUACGAUCGUUUUCUACUAAGAUUCACCAAGUUGAAUCUAUUGUGUCUUAUAGACAAAAAUGA